AUGGCCGGCAGCCCCCUGCCCGGCCCCGCCGACCUCCUCCUGGCCGCCCCGUCGGGGGCCUUUCCCGGAGACGCCUUGAGCCAAGGGGCCUCUUCUUCACCGCCGCCGCCGCUGGGCGGCAUGAAGCCCAACCAGGUGGGCCAGGUGAUCCUGUACGGCAUCCCCAUCGUCUCGCUGGUGAUCGACGGGCAGGAGCGGCUGUGCUUGGCGCAGAUCUCCAACACGCUGCUGAAGAGCUUCAGCUACAACGAGAUCCACAACCGUCGGGUGGCGCUGGGCAUCACGUGCGUGCAGUGCACCCCGGUGCAGCUGGAGAUCCUCCGCCGGGCGGGGGCCAUGCCCAUCUCGUCGCGGCGCUGCGGGAUGAUCACCAAGCGGGAGGCGGAGCGCCUGUGCAAGUCGUUCCUGGGCGAGAACCGGCCGCCCAAGCUGCCCGACAACUUCGCCUUCGACGUGUCGCACGAGUGCGCCUGGGGCUGCCGCGGCAGCUUCAUCCCCGCGCGCUACAACAGCUCCCGCGCCAAGUGCAUCAAGUGCAGCUACUGCAGCAUGUACUUCUCGCCCAACAAGUUCAUCUUCCACUCGCACCGCACCCCGGAGGCCAAGUACACGCAGCCCGACGCCGCCAACUUCAACUCGUGGCGGCGCCACCUCAAGCUGACCGACAAGGCCCCGCAGGACGAGCUGGUCUUCGCCUGGGAGGACGUCAAGGCCAUGUUCAACGGGGGGAGCCGCAAGCGGGCCCUCCCCACCGCCGCCCACUCCUCGCACCACCAAGGCCCGCCGUCCAGGGGCCCGCCGGCUCACUGCCACCCGCUGGGCGCCGUCAAGGCGGCGGUGGUGGGGGUGGGGGGAGGCCUGCUGGGCCCCCACCUCCUGGGGGGCCCCCCGCCGCCCCCUCCGCCCCCGCCGGACUUGCACGCCAAGCGGGGCCGCUUCGACGACGACGAGGAGCUGCAGGAAGCCGUGGCCGCCGCGGCUGCUGCUGCGGCCGUCGUGGCGCACGGCGGAGGCGCAGCCAGCAAAGGCCAGCGCAGCUACCCGGUGAUCCCGGUGCCCAGCAAAGGGGCGUCGUUCGGGGGCGUCUUGCAGAAGUUCCCCGCCUGCGGGGGUCUCUUCCCGCACCCUUACGGCUUCCCGGCGGCCGCUUUCAGCCUCUGCCACAAGAAGGAGGACUCCGACGGGCUCGGGGUGGGCGCGCAAGGCGGCCCCGCCGGGCACAAAGCGGCUGGAGGCGCCCCGACGGCGGGCGCGGGACUCUCUGGGCUUUUCUGGCCCGGCACCAGGAAGGACGCUGCAGCCGCCGCCGCCGCGGCUUUCUACCCGCCUUUCUGCAUGUUCUGGCCGCCUCGUACCCCGGGGGGGCUGCCGGGGCUGCCCACUUACCUGCAGCCGCCGCCUCAGCCCCCCAGCUGCACGGCUCUGGGCGGAGAGAGCCCCAGCUUGCUGCGCCAAGCCUUCUUGGACCUUUCCGAGCCCGGCGGCGAGGGGGGAGCCGCGGGGUUGGGCACGCCGCCCUCCGCCGCCGCUCCUCCGGCAGGCAGCGGCAGUAGCAGCGGAGAGCCGCGGGGCUUCGACGGCAGCGGGGACGCGGCUCGGUCUCCGGCGGCGGAAGGGGGAGGCGGUGGAGGAAGCGGGUCCCGAGGCCCCUCGGCUCACCAGCCCCACCUGCUGGAGGCGGGGCAGCCCCGGGGCAAGGCGGCGUCGGGCUACCACCACUCCAGCGCCUUCCGCCCCGUCGGGGGCAAGGAGGACUCGGAGAGCCUGGCCAAGCUGCACCACCACCACCAGCCCCGCGCCUCCGCUUCUCCGCCGCCGCCCCUCCUGCUGCUGCCCCCCGAGCCCGAGGGCUGCGAGAGGCCCCACCCCCACCCCCCGACGGGGCACCGCCUCCUCUCCCCCGGGGGCACCAGCUGCAGCUACCCCAGCGAAGACAGCAGCGAGGAAGAGGAGGAAGAAGAAGAGGACGAGGAGGAAGAGCCCGAGGUGGACGUCGAGAGCCACAAGCAGCCCGGGGAGGAAGAGGACGAGGAGGAAGGAGAGGAGGAGGAGGAGGAAGGGGGCCAGCCGGGCCUGGGGGAACCCCUAGGGGGCGCCGGCCGUUACCUCCAGAGCCGGGGCUUGACGGACAAAGGGCUCGUCGUCCACGACAGCAGGGCGAACGCUUCCGCCGGCCCGACGACGACGGGGCCUUUCCAGCUGACCCCCUGCAGGGCCGCCCCGGAGGAGGAGAAAGGCGCAGGGGCCAACGCGGAGCAGCUCCUGCCUCCCCCUCCGCCCCCCUGCCCCGCCAAAGGGGCCGACAGCGGCGGGAGCAGCCCCACCCUCCACCCUUCCGCCGAGGAGCCACCGCCCCCUUACAAAGAUAUUCAGAAGACCAAGGAAGGGCUGCAAGUUGUCAUAUCCGCGAAGGAAGACACCUUCACAGACAAGAAUAAGGAGCACAACUUUUUCAUCGCAGAUGCCGACCACCCGGGAGGCGAUUUCUGGAGGAACAUAGCAGGCGAACGCAUACAGGAAACCAGUUCACCUCAUUCUCUGAAAAAAGACGUUGAAAACAUGGGCAAAGAAGAACUUCAGAAGGUAUUAUUUGAGCAGAUCGAUCUGAGAAGAAGGCUGGAACAGGAGUUUCAGGUCCUGAAAGGCACGGCGUCUUUCCCAGUUUUCAAUAACUUUCAAGACCAGAUGAAGCGAGAAUUGGCCUACAGAGAAGAAAUGGUUCAGCAAUUACAAAUCAUCCCCUAUGCAGCAAGUUUGAUCAGGAAAGAGAAACUGGGCACGCAUCUCAGCAAAAGCUAAAAGCAGGAAUUAUGGGAUCAUCUUGUAAAAUAUCACCCAUCUCUUUGAAUUCAGACUUUUUCUAAAGACUGAGAAAUGGAAGGGCUUGGGGUAUUUAAAUAUGAGAAGGAAGGGGGAAAAUGAAAAUUAAUACGUCGACAAGGUUCUAUUGAACCGAAGGAGAAGUGACCUCAACGCUUCCAGGACAGCAAUGUAAAUUAGAAUGUAGCAGCCAUUUAUUAUUGAUAAUCAUAAAAUGGAACAAUUCAAGAAUGCCUGUCUUGGAUCUCUUUUGGUGGUACCAAAGUUUGGUUUGGUGUUUUGUUUUUUUGGAGAAAGAUUACUGAACGUGACAGAAAUGGUGAAAAGGCUUUCGACCCAGUCGUGUGGAUAAAACCUAUGAGAACCGACCACUCAGCACAUCUUGAGGAGUUAACUUUAGAGAAGUUUCUUUUGCUGAAAGAAGCAUGAUUCAGAAAACAAACAAACAAAAAACCCUGGGCUAAAGUUACAUCACGAUGUACUGACGGGAGAGCAUUAGCCAUAUCCGGAGCUUUCUAAAAGCGGAUUGGAAACUCCAGAGACCCCCCCCCAGAAUCAUUCCAACCUCCAGACUCUUUCGUCUCCCCUGGUAUUUUGCCUGCUGUAUGAAUGAAUGAAGAUUGUACUCUUCUGGAAAUAUUUUACAAUUUAUUAUUGAGUGUAAUUAAAAAUAUAACCGCUGAGAUUUAAAAAAAAGGUAUUUAACUCUGUUGUAGUUUCUUUAACAUUCAUGUGGAUAAAAAGUCUAUAAUAAAAAUGAAAAAAUAU